AUGCGAAAGAAAAUUCUGGUCUCCUUUGCCCCGGUCAUCUCAACCUUCACUCCUACGUUUGUCCGAAACUCAUCAACCACGGCUUCUUUUUUCUCUCCGCCAUUGGACUCUUACUUCCAACCCAAUUCUCGAGACAGGGUUUACGCCUGUAAUAAAGACAUUGAAGCUCUUAUGAAAUAUGGAUCAAUUGAAUCUGCACUCAAACUGUUCGACGGAAUGCCUAUACGAGAUGUAAUUACAUGGAACAUACUUAUUUCCGGGUGUAAGCGUAAUGGGUUUCCAAGAGAAGCCUUAUACUACUAUGGUCAAAUGGUUUCGCAAGGAUUUGUCGAGAGUUCAUCUACGUUUUCGACUGUUUUGGGUAUAUAUAGUGAUGAAGGGUUAUAUCAGGAAGGACUUCAAGUUCACAGCAGGGUGGUUGUUCUUGGUUUGAGUUUGAAUGUGUAUGUGGGAAGUGCAUUGAUUGAUCUUUACAUGAGCAUGGGUCUUGUCAAUUUUGCUUUGAGAUUGUUUGGUGAUUUACCCGAGAGGAAUGUUGCAACAUGGAAUCAGUUACUAAGAGGUUUUAGUGAAUUUGGAAUAUCACACAAGUUGGAAUUGUAUUUUAGGAUGAAAAGGGAAGGUGUUGUGCCUAAUCCGCUCACAUUUUGUUAUUUGAUUCGAGGGUUAGGCAAAGAUAGGUUUGUUAACGAAGGUAAAGAGCUGCAUUCUUAUGCAAUUAAGGUGGGAUGGGCCGAAUCAGACGUGUUUGUUUCGAAUGCUUUGGUGGAUUUUUAUAGUGCCUGUGGGAGCCUAACCGAUGCCAAGAGAUCAUUUCAAGUUAUUCCAUCCGAAGACGUGAUAUCUUGGAAUUCUUUAGUUUCUAUCUAUGCAUAUAAUGGGCUUGCAAGCAAUGCUCUUGAGAUAUUUUCUAUGAUGCAAGUAUGGGGAAAGAAGCCAUCCAUUCGUUCGUUUGUGGGAAUGUUGAAUUUGUCUAGCGGGAAUUUAAAUAUUCUCCUGGGGAAACAGGUCCAUUGUUUUGUCUUGAAACUGGGGUUUGACCAUGGCAAUAGUUACAUUCAAUCUGCUUUGAUUAAUAUGUACGGAAAAUGUGGUGAAAUAGAGAGUUCAGUAUUGAUAUACAAAAAUGUUCCCAGAAGAACGCUCGAGGUAUGCAAUUCCUUGAUGACAUCAUUCGCAUGGUGUGGCAUUGUUGAAGAUGUGAUUGAAUUGUUCGGUUUGAUGGUUGAUGAAGCCAUUGGGUUUGAUGAAGUUAGUCUAUCAACCACAGUCAAUGCAAUGUCAAAGUCAUCUUGUGCUAGCUUGACAAGCUGUAAGUUGUUGCAUAAUUGUGCUGUGAAAUCAGGUUUUGAACUCAAUCUUGCAGUUUCUUGUUCUCUAAUCAACAGUUAUUCAAGACAUGGACAUGUAAAAUCGUGUUGUCAAGUUUUCGAACAGCUUUCUUCACCAAAUGUUAUCUGUUUUACAUCAAUCAUAAGUGCACACUCCAGAAACAGAAUGGGAAUCGAAUGCCUCAAAUUGCUUGAAGCAAUGAUUACCGAGGGUCUGAAACCAGAUAAAGUGACAUUCUUAUGUGUUUUAAUUGCUUGCAACUACUCAGGAAUGGUUCAAGAGGGAAAGAUGGUGUUUGACUCAAUGAAGACUGUACAUGGCAUUGACCCUGAUAGGCAACAUUUUGCUUGCAUGGUUGACCUUCUUGGGCGCACAGGCUUACUUGAAGAAGCCGAAAGUUUGCUAAAACAAGCACAAUUUAGCGGUGACUCUCUCAUUUGGAGUUCAUUGUUGCGCCAUUGUAGGGCCCACCAAAAUGAAACAAUAGGAAGGAGAAUCGCACAAAUAGUAACAAAGCUUGAGCCUGAGAACCCUUCAGUUUGGUUACAAGCUUCAAACGUCAUUGAAAAUUGGCAAGAAAUAUGCAAUGAGAAAUACUUAUAGUUUAACUGAUGUUAACAAUAGCACCUGGCAAGAAAAGUGGUGGUGGUUAAAUGUGGGAUCUAAAUGGAAAUACUGCUUUUUAUCCUAACAAGACGGGGCCUUUAGGACAUACUGUGUUCUAUUACAUUCUCUAAGAUGGUC